GCAGGUCAGUGUUAGCAUGAAGCUGGGACCACUAAGAUGGCGACCAGUAAGAGCCUGGACGAGGUGUUGUGUACAGACGUAGACUCGAGUGCUGGCACUACCAUUGUAGGGUCUCUCGAGACCCAGUUAGCUGCAGCAUCGAAAACCGCAGCAAAUCAACCUGCUAAUGCUAGUGUUAAUGGAGGGAUAACCAGCAACGCCACAGUAGUAGGGGAAGGCAGAACUAACUGCAGUAAAAUAGGGGUCAGAGGCCCGGCGGUGAGCAGUGGUGCAGUGUUUGCGGGGAAGGUAGUGUCUGGCGUGGGCGCUGGGCAGGGGGUGGUGCAGGUGGUGGAGACUGCAGGAGGCGCGGGCGUGGUGCACGGGAACGCGGGUGGUGGCGCCGCCCUCCAGGGGGGUGCUCAGCUCUCCCACAUCACCAAGGGCGCCGCCGCAGCCCUCAAGCCGGUGUAUGGGGUGGCCCCGACGCCCAUGACAGGCGCCCAGGGCACGCAGGUGGUGAACGGGGGCGUGACAGGGGCGGGCACAGGAGCAGCCCCCCAAGUUAGCCUGCAGGCCCAGCUGGCGCUGAAGGGACUGAGCAAAGUGGUGACAGCGGCGGGUCCAGUGGGCCAGACGGCAGUCAUCAUGUCCAAGCCUGGCACAGUGACUGCCGUGCCCUCCGCCGGCACCCCAGGCACCGUGCCCAUGACCCAGGGCAUACAGCAGAUCAUCAGCAUGCGUCCCGGCCAGGCCAUGAAGACGGCCCAGGGCGCCACCAUCGCCCCCAGGAUGAUCCUCAACCAGGCACAGGUCCUGCCUGCAGGGAUGAGGGCUGGACAACCUGGGCAAAUUACCCUGGGUGCGUUACAAGGACUACCUCCUGGUGCACAGGGCCACUUGUUGGUCAAAACUGAGAAUGGCCAGCUCCAGUUGCUACGUGUCAACACUGCUGCGGCCGCACCUGGCCAAAUGCAGGGCAGUGUCACCACCACCACAGCUCUACAGCAAGCUCCUAAUGCUGCGUACAGAUUCCAGCCUCCACAAGCUGGCACGGUCGCGGUGAGGUCCGUGAUGGUGUCGUCGGCAGCCGCACGUCCCGCUACCAUCAUCCUCCAGUCACAAGCCAGUAACACAGCGGCACUCUCGACAGCCACCACCACCACGACCAUAGCCACGCAGGCUGUAACAGCUGGCACCCCCACCUCUAUCACCCAGGGCACUACGGUCACGGGCUCCAUUGUGGCCCCAACGUUGACCACUGCCACUCCUCCUACCACACAUGCCUCUCAGCCUGCUUCAGUUGGCUCUCAAACUAUCUCGGCAGAAUCUGCGAAAACAAAAUGUAAAAACUUCUUGGCCACGUUAUUAAAAUUAGCAAAUGAGCAAAGAGCACCAGUCGCCAGAAAUGUUCGGAACUUAAUUCAGGGUCUUAUUGAUGGCAGAGUGGAGCCAGAAGCAUUUACAGAAGAACUCCAGAAAGACUUAAAUUCCUCCCCACAACCAUGCCUUGUUCCUUUUCUCAAGAAAACUUUACCGUACCUGCGGUUGUCACUAGCACGACAAGAAUUAACCAUCGAUGGCGUGCGGCCGCCACCAUUAUCUGCAGUCACUACCGUUCCUGGUGUUACGACGGUCAUUCCUGCUAUGUCUGUUGCUCGACCAGUUGCUCCCACUACUUCAGGGACUGUAAGAAUGGUUGCCCCUACCACCGUUUCCUCAGCUACUGUUGUACAACGCUCUGUAAAUACAACUCCAGCACCGACGAGAGUAGUCGCUCAACAAGUGCAGCAAGUAAGAGUCCAGGGUGGCAAGACGGUAGUGACCACAGUACGACAAAAUACUGCAGCUGCGACUGCGACCACCAGCACCACAAAUGCCACCGUCAACUCUAUACCUACUGCCACCAAAACCAUAACAGUUAAUAAGGCUCUCCCUACCAAAGAUAAAGACAAGACUAAAGAUAAACUAUACUCAUACAGCAGUUCCUAUUCUUCUAGCGGGGCAGCAGACGAUGACAUCAAUGAUGUGGCUGCAAUGGGUGGAGUUAAUUUGGGGGAGGAAUCACAGAGAAUCCUCGACUCCACGGGGUUUGUUGGCACGCAGAUACGCUCGUGUAAAGACGAGAAUUUCCUCUUAAGUUCUCCGCUAACUGAGAGAAUAAGACAAAUAUGUUCAAAAUACGGUUUGGAUGAUGCACCAAAAGAUGUGGUCGCUCUUGUAUCCCACGCAACGCAGGAGCGCCUCAAAACCAUUGUUGAAAAAUUAGCAGUCAUCUCAGAUCAUAGAUUAGAUAUAAUUAAGGCUGAUAGUCGAUACGAGGUUCGGCAAGAUGUUAAAGGUCAACUCCGUUUCCUAGAGGAGUUAGAUAAGAUGGAGAAGAAGCGUAAGGAUGAAAGAGAACGAGAUAUGCUAAUGCGAGCAGCGAAGUCGAGAAGUAAAUCGGAAGAUCCGGAACAAGCUAAAUUAAAAGCGAAAGCGAAAGAAAUGCAGCGUGUAGAAAUGGAAGAGAUGCGACAGAGAGAUGCCAAUAGAACGGCUCUGAAUGCAUUACAAGGGCCUAAGAAAAAACCUAAACUUGAUCUCUCAAUGGUUGAUGAUGGUGCAACUUUUAGUGGAACGUUCACUCAAAAAUCG